AUGGCUCCGGCCAUAACCCUCGCCCUCGCGGCUUCUCUUCUCGCUCUCUCAGCACAUGCCUCAACGCCUCUCUCCGGCGGCGCCAUUCUCCUCCGCGCCGAGGAUGUCAUCGGCCGCCCCUAUGCCACAGUCCUCAGCUCCUCCCUGCACACCCGCGACGACGCAAACGCAACCACCAGCGCAACCGAGGCCGACACCUCGGGCGUCGUCAUCAACAAGGACGGCAGCCUGAACAUCACCGCCUGGAACGAGGCCACCAACGCCGCCUGCCAGGGCGCCCUCAGCACCCUGAUCCAGAGCACGAAUCCCUCCGGCGCCUGCGUGUGCUACAACCUGCCCUCGCUGGACACGCAAACGGGCGUGUUCGAGGCCGACCUGCGGCUGUUCAAGGUGUCGGAUUCAAGAGGCGACUUUGCGGGCAUCUCCCCGGAGGAAGUCAGCGUGGGAUUGUCUUAUGUGGGCGCGAGCGUCAUGCCCGUCAAUGAAAGCGAGGUGUCAUCCGCUGGUAUGGUGGGCACCGUGGCGAGCAUCGCGAAGCGGGCAGUGCCUCAGCUUCUUCAAACGUACAUGUUUGUUGGUCAGAUCGACCAAGACCGCAUGGUGAACAACAUGACCAUGGCUGCUUUUGAAGCACUGGUGCUACCCACCCUCACCCUCACCGGCACAAACAGCAGCGGCAGCACAGUGCAGACCAACGUCUCCAUCAACGAAGCCUCGUUCCUCACGGGCGUCUUCUCCGGCGAAGUCAUCCAGUCCGACUUUGGCGCCGCCCAGUCCGCCGUGGACGAGCAGCUCGCGGGCCUCAAGAACGGCACCGUGGCCUUUGUGCUCCCCGGCGUGCAGCUGAUGAUCUACCCGGUCGGCCUCAUCAUCACCGGCACGUGGCUGCUCAUCGGCGCCGCCGUCGUCGGCUUCGGCACCUACGAGCGCUGGAAGUACGCCGAGAUGUACAGGCGCAGACAGGCCGUCUUGAUCCCCCGAGUCGCCACGAUAUGA